GUCAUAUUAGCAGAGUUGAAGGGGUCUAUAUGAAAUUCCCCAAAGUAAAAGCCUACCUCGCUUGCCUGAGGAAACAACCCGCUUCGCCGAUAGAAAUUAGAAUAGCCGCAAUCGCAAACUGGUCAAAGACAGUCGUUCCGAAUUUUCUCCAAAGAUCUCUGCACUUCAUUCGUUAUUGGAGUUCAGCAAUGUCAGGUCCUAAAAUAAUUUCUGCUCUUGCGGGAUCAUUUGUUGUUGCUUAUGUUUUCGACCACAUUAUUUCUGACAAGAAGAUUUUUGGAGGUACAAUUCCACACACUGUUUCAGAAAAGGCCUGGUGGGAAGAGACUGACAAGAAGUUCCAGGCAUGGCCUCGGACUGCUGGCCCUCCAGUUGUUAUGAAUCCAAUCAGCCGCCAAAAUUUCAUUGUUAAGUCGGCUGACAAUUGACAAAGUUCAUGCAGCCAUACGUUACCAUUGUCACUUCAUAAGAACAAACAAUUCUUUUUAAGCUUCAAACCAUGAAAUGUUUUGGAUCCGGAUGGUAUCCUUUGUUUCGCUUUUAUCUUGUAUGAUGAUGAAGAAGACAGUUUUGGGGUAGAUGAUAAUAAAUGCUUGUUGGUUUGUGUUUAUGCAAUGAGCUUUAAACAUUCAGACAAUGCAUCUUACUAUUACAUUUUGUAUACAUGUGUUUUGCAUC